AUGUACCUGCACAUCUGCAUGGUGGACAUGGGUGGAUCGCUGAUCUCGGCCCGGCGGGAUGCCACCCACCCAGAGUUGGGCGCCUUGGUGGUGGUGGAUCUGCCGCAGCGGACCCAGCAGGGUGUCCCAGCGCGGCGCGCGUUCGUCCAGGCGUUUGCCUACGUCGAGCACCUCAAGCGGCAGGCGCUGGGCAGCGCCCAGCUCAGACAGCUGCACGCUGCUGCUUGCGGCAACCGCGAGGGGCUGGCCGAGGGCCACUGGGACCUACCGGUCAAGAUGUCGUCGGUCAGCUACAUCCGCUCCGACCUGCGGCUCUUCUCGUCCGUGCGCCAGCUGGGCGAGUCGCCGCUGCUGCACGCCCUGCUCGACCCUGUCCGCUGGCAGGACGUGUACCGGCUGCCGGAGCUACCGACCGGGCUGCCGGCCGGCACCGAGCACGCGGCGCUGAACGCCACGCAGCGGGACAUAGUGCUGCGGGUGGCGCGAGCAGUGACGGACCGACCCGACCGGCCCAGCAUCAGUGUGAUCCGCGGACCACCAGGCACCGGCAAGACGCGGCUGGUGGUUUCGCUUGUGAAGCAGAUCCUGUUCUCGGCUGGCGCGGAGCAGGACCGGCGCGUGCUCCUCUGUGCCCCCUCCAACGCCGCUGUCGAUGAGGUCGCCAAACGGCUGUUGGAGGAGCGUGCCGUUCUGACGCGGCGGACCCCAGGCUCACCGAACGUCCCGGAGAUCCGCGUGGUACGCUUCGGCCGCCGCUCGCAGAUCGCCGAUGCCGUCGCGCGCAUCAGCCUGGAUGAGCUGGUGGACGCCAACGUCAAGCAGCUGCUGAAGAAGCAGGUGCCGCAGAGUGCCAGCUGUAGUCACGAGAUGGCACAGAUGAAAAUGCGGAUCCGCACGAUCGAGGAGAAGCUGCAGAAGCUGAAGCCGGGUGACGGUGACGAGCACGAGCUGCGCGCCGCGCUGCGGGACCUGAUCGAGCAGCGCAGGGGUCUGCAGCAGCCGGCCGCGGUGGAGGGACAGGACCUGCAGCGGCUGAAGGAGAAGCAGCGGGACCAGCUGCUGAAAGGUGCCACUGUCAUCGCUACGACGCUGGCCAGUUCCGUAGCGCAGCUCCUGACCAACGUCUUUCAGUCGAGGCCGUCACCGUUCACCUGUUGCAUCGUGGACGAGGCAGGCCAGUGCACGGAGCCAGACGUGCUCAUUCCACUCGAGUACGGCAUCAAGAAGCUGGUGCUGGUCGGCGACCCGGCCCAGCUGCCGCCCACCGUCGUGUCCGAGACGGCGCAACAGUAUGGCUUGGCCCGUCCGCUCCUGAAGCGGCUUUACCAGCUGUUCCUGGCCUCGAAGGAGACGAGCCCUGUGGUGAUGCUCACGGACCAGUACCGCAUGCAGCCGGACAUCUGCCGCUGGCCGGCCCGCUACUUCUACGGCGACCGACUGCGCUCGCUGCCGGUCGCCGCGCCGCUGCCGCGCCUCCGCAGCUACCUGGUGCUGGACGUCUGUGGGGCGCGCGAGACCAGCCACGCCAACGGGGGCUUCUCGAAUGAGAAAGAGGCGACUCUGGUGGUGAAACUCAGCGAGAUCGCGCUGCGCGUGGCCAAGAGCAGAGCCCCCUCCAUCGGCAUCAUCACCCCGUACCGCAAACAGAGGCAGCUCCUCCUGGACAAGCUCAAGCAAAGGGCCUUGUCCGUCGACGUGCAGACGGUGGACGGCUUCCAGGGCCAGGAGCGCGACAUCGUCGUGCUCUCGUGCGUGCGCUCCAAUGGAGCCGGCAGUCUCGGCUUCGUGGACGACCGGCGGCGCCUAAACGUGGCGCUGACGCGCGCCCGCUGCUGCCUCUACGUGUGCGGCCACCUCGGCACGCUGAAGGCGGACCAGGUCUGGUCGCACCUGAUCCAGGACGCCCGUGAACGACGGAUGGUGGUCACCGUGCCCAACGAAGCUAUCUGCGACCAGUUUCUGGAGUCACGGCUAUGCAGCGACACGUCCGGCUCCGUUGUCAACUAGUGCCUUCAAGGCCGACCAGUAGAUGGGGCGUCGCUCAGAUUUCUUGCGCCUGUUUUUAUUGAUGUGAUGCGACCACGGAGUUGGUGGGGGAGGGGAGGGGGGCGCACUCCGUGUUAAAGAGAGUGGAAUGAUUUACUGUGGUGGAGCUGUGACGUUUUUGUUACCAAGGCGGCCACUGCCCUUCUUUGCGCGAUUCUUAUCACUGCGAUGCUGUAUGCAGUCUUCCUAAUUUACCAGCUUUUGUGCGAUUUGGGAUAAGUACGAUACGUUAAGUUACCUGCUUUGUACACUUCAGCUGGCAUGUAUGGCUGAGGCUGCAUUUUGACGAGACAUUUGACCUGAAUGGUGCGACAGAGAGGAUAAACUUCGAGCCCUUUAGCAGUGGUAGUACCGGUAUCGGAGCGGGGAUCGUAGCGUUGUGCGGAUGGGCCAAUGGGCCCCGGGCUCGCCGAGGCCGUGCCGCUGGAUAGACUAGGAGAGUGCCGCACUGCUGCGGGGCCAUGGCGCCCCGGGCUCGCCGUGGCCGUACUGCUGGAUGGACUGAGAGAAUGCCGCACUGCUGCGACGCGCUCGCCGCUGCAGAGCAGCACUGUCCACCUCUCCCGUGUUGUUUUUGUGUUAUUCCAGCCCAGUUCACGAGAGGUUCGGCACCCGGCCUGUGUCACGUUGGUGCUCACACCUGCGUCGGAGCAGGCGUCGGGCACAAGCAAAAGCCUCGACGAGGGUAAUCAUCCGAGCGAACAAACAGCACCACGUGGGUCUGUGCUGUGAACCUUUGAUGCAUUGAA